UACUUUGCUACGGUAGUCGUUUUAAGAUCGACUAGUCACGACUAGCUAGCACGGAUGCGCGCAUCGGGACCACAGUUCGCUAGUAGUACCUACAUUUUCUUUCAUCGAUAUUGCUCUUGCAGAAAUCUCUUUUGUGUGUUUUUCUUUUCUUCCCUACCUCAUGUCAGUAUCAUUGAGAGACGAUCCAGUCUACAACAAACAUUCUACUAGUGUGUAGAAUAUAUAUGCCUUGCAUAUUCUCUUCACGUUUAAACUGUCUCAAGAUAUCAAACAGGACUCUGGAUCAUAAGAGAUUUAUCUUCAGAUAUUUUUCAGACUUCAAAAACUCUUUGAGAAUUAGUAUGGAAGUUGUUAAUCACUUAGAUGCACGGACAGACAGCGGCGAGAAACCUUUAUGUAGGGAAACAUUCAUUAAGCAAAGAUCGUUGCAUGGAAAUAUUGCUGAAUAUCGCUGUGAGAUUUGUAGGAAAACAUUCUCUUCGGAGCACGAAGUAUUUCGGCAUAGAGAAAUACACUGCCGGGAAAAACCCUUCAACUGUGGAAUUUGCGGAAAAUCUUUUGUCUACAGCAGCGACCUAACGAAGCACAAACGGAUUCACUCUGGAGAAAAACCUUAUCACUGUGAGAUGUGCGGCAAAUGUUUUGUCUCCAACAGCGAAUUGAGAAAGCAUAAAAGGAUUCACUCUGGUGAAAAACCUUUCCGCUGUGAAACGUGCGGAAAAUCUUUCGUCUAUAAUAGUGACUUGACGAAGCACAAGCGGAUUCACACGGGGGAAAAACCUUAUCGUUGCGAAAUAUGUGAUAAAGCAUUUUCUAUUAAUUCUAGUCUUGUUAUCCACGUCCGUACGCACACCGGAGAAAAACCGUUCCCUUGUAAGAUAUGUGAGAAGUCUUUCGUCUCCCAUGGCGACUUAACAAAACACAACAAAAUUCACACUGGCGAGAAAACAUUUCGCUGCAAAAUCUGCGACAAAGCUUUCGUCUAUAACAGUGAUUUGAAAAAGCACGGGAGAAUUCACUCCGGGGAAAAACCUUAUCGCUGCGAAAUCUGCGGUAAGGCCUUCUCUGAUAAUUCUAGCUUUGUUGUCCACGGGCGUACUCAUACCGGAGAAAAACCGUUUCGUUGCGAGAUAUGCGGUAAAGCGUACGUUAAUAAUUCACAUCUUCUGGUUCACAAACGAAUCCACACCGGUGAAAAGCCGUACCGUUGCGAAAUCUGUGGCAAGUCCUUCUCGAAUAAUUCUAAUUUUGCAGUUCACAGAAGAAUCCAUACGGGAGAAAAGCCUUAUGAUUGUAAGACGUGCGGGAAAGCUUUUGUGACUAACAGUCUCUUAAAGACACAUGGAGUAAUACAUGUGGGAGAAAAACCCUUCGACUGUAAAACGUGUGGGAAACAAUUUGUUUCUAAUCGGGAUUUGAACAGACACAAACGGACCCAUACUGGGGAGAAACCAUUCCAUUGUGAAAUCUGUGGCAAAUCGUUCUCUCUCAAUUCAAGUCUUACCAUCCACAAGCGUAGCCAUACUGGAGAAAGACCGUAUCGUUGUGACAUAUGUGAGAGAUCUUUUAUCACGAAUAGUGUCUUAAAAAGGCACAAGCGAAUCCAUACUGGAGGAAAACCUUGUGAGACAUAAGAAAUUCUCUUAGAAAUCUAUAACUAACUAAUGCCCACCAUCAAGUACAUAGUGAACAUUUAUCAUAGUCAAAUGUGUUGGAAUUAGUUCUCAUUAAAUUCUCAUCUUGUAGUCAACAAAUGUACUGUUAUUGGAGAGAAACCCUUUCUCUAAACAACUUGUAGUUGUAGAAUAACUACACACAGGGCAGGCAAAAAA